AUUCAGUAUUCGAUUGGUAAGCCUGAAGGUGAAUACAAAGUUAUGUGUCUUUACCUUGUAGUUAAAGUUAAGUGUGAGAUGCGAACUUGUCAAGAAACUUCAUGCAAAUUUAAAAUUAAUGAAAGAUUAUGUGAAAGAAAACCAGUUCUUUAUUGUUUGGCUCAUUAUAAUUUAUUAGAAACUAAAUAUUUUAUUGGUUGUACUAAAUGGAAAUAUGAUGAAAAACAUCAUCGAUUUAUAUUUGUUUCUUCGAAUAUUAAUUUGGAACUUUUGAAUAAUUUGUAUAAUAGUACUUAUGAGCCUGUAAAUGAAUGUUUUACUGUGUUAUCUAAUUCAUCUAAAAAAAAAUAUUGUGCAUAUGCACAUCAAUCAGAAAAUGUUAUAUGCCAUAGUCCUAUUGUCAAAAAGUCUUGUAAAGUUGAAUUCUAUAAACUUAUACCAUUAAAUCUUAGAGAAUAUCCUUUUGUAAUUUUAAUUUGUAAAGAAAUACAUACACAUCCUCCUCCUCCACCUAUAUGGACACCUGUUAAUAUAAAGCAAAGACUUCAAACACUUGUUCAACAAGCUAAUAAGGAUUUAACUGAUAUUACACCAACAAAAAUUAUUACAGAUAUAUUAAUAAAUUUUAAUUUUAUAUUUUUAUAUAUGAUAAUAUAUUAA